GUGGGGCUUGGUAGGGGCACAGCAGAGGCAGGCGCUGUUUUCCCUGCCUGGAGCCAGCGGCCUCCCCAGCACGCAGACUCAGCAGCAGUUGCUCAGCCUGCCCUGGGCCAGCCCGUGUUACGACAGGGAGCGCGGUCCAGAGUACCUGGUGGAAGCCCAGUGGGUCAGGACGUGGGAGUGGCACACGCUGAGCAGGACUUGCCCCCUAGCAGGGGCAGAGCUGUCUGGAGUCCCGAGGGGAGAACCAGUGCCAGGUCUGAGCCGCCAGCACCUACGGGCUCAGCGCCCCCAGCCAGGAGUGGUUAGGAUGUCCCAAGGAGAAGGUGGGAGGAGCAAGGAGGCUUUUGAAUACCACACCGUUACAGUAAACACCAUGGAGAAGGCUUCGGACCUCUACACCCAGCUCGAGAAACUUGGGGCUGGGAAGUUCGGGAUGGUUUACAAGCUGCAGGAGAAGGCCACUGGGAAGAUCCGGGCAGGGAAAUACUUCCGGACGCGGACGCCCAAGGAGCGGGAGGCAGCCUGCGGGGAGGUGGAGCUGAUGAACCUGCUGCAUCACCCCAGGCUGGUGCAGUGCCUUGCGGCCUUCCAGAGCCGGGCGGAGCUGGUGAUGGUGAUGGAAUACGUCGCGGGCGGGGAGCUCUUUGAGAGGAUUGUGGAUGACGACUUCGAGCACACGGAGCCCACCAGCAUUCAGUACAUGAGGCAGAUCCUGGAGGGGAUCCAGUACGUCCAUCGCCAGAGCAUCGUCCACCUGGACCUCAAACCCGAGAACAUCGUCUGUGUCAACACAAGCAGCCACUGGGUCAAAAUCAUCGACUUUGGCCUGGCACGGAGACUGGAUCCAAAGAGCCCCGUGAAGGUGAUGCACGGCACCCCGGAGUUCAUGGCCCCAGAAGUGAUCGCCUUUGAGCCAGUGGGAUUCACCACGGACAUGUGGAGCAUCGGUGUGAUCUGCUACAUCCUGCUGAGUGGGGACUCCCCCUUCCAGGGGAACAAUGACAUGGAGACGCUGCACAACAUCACGGCUGCCCAGUGGGAGUUUGAUGAGGAGACCUUCUCGGAGAUCUCCCAGGAGGCCAAGGACUUCAUCAGCGAGCUACUGCAGAAAGACAGCCGUUGCCGGCUGCCCAGCGACCAGGCCCUCACGCACCCCUGGCUGCGGAAGACUGAGCAGAGCGACAGGAAGGUUCUGUCCAAGGAGAGGAUGAGGCGAUUCCUGGCCCGCCAGAAGUGGCAGAAAACAGGCAACGCCGUGCUGGCCCUGCGGAGAAUGUCCCGGCUGGCCCACAAGCUGGAUGACCCGGUGACCACCCCCAGUGCCCAGGAGAAGGGAGAGCUGGGCCACAGCCAGGAAGAGGAUCAGAUCUUCACCUUCCUGCCACAGCAGAUGGAGCAGGGGCCCAGCUUCUUGGAGCCGCUGAAGGACCAAGUAGCAACGGAAGGCAGCAGUACCUGCCUCCAGUGUCACGUUGAAGGUUUUCCCCACCCGGAGGUGACGUGGCUCUGGAACAAUGCCCCUAUCCAGGAAUCUCCCCGGCUCCGCAUAGAGGAGGAGGAGAAUGGAAGCUGCUCCUUUGCCAUUGCGAGGCUCUCGGUGGAGGACACGGGGCACUAUGUGUGCAGGGCCCCCAGUGCCCUAGGGGAGACAGAAUGCAGUGCCAGGCUGACUGUACAGAGAGGCAGCAACACGCAGACGCCAAAUGCAGAGGAGGGCCCUGGAACUGACCAGCUGUGAGUGCAGCAGGCUAUGGGCUCUCUGCCCGGCAUUGGCGGCAUGGCUUACAGGAGGUGCUCUGCUUCCAGUCUGGCUCUUUCCCUCAUCCCUUGUUCCUUUUAACUGCAUUGCUGGGCUCUGGGAGUGAAUCUUGCUGCGCUCUGCUUCCCACUGGGCCAGGACAUGGUAGGCAGCCACAGAGUGGACAAGAAGGGCCCGAUCCUGCAGUCCCCAAACAGGCAAAUCCCAAGUCAAUCCAUUUCAGUGUGCAGGGAGUCUGGCCUGUGAGGAUGGCAGGAUUGAGCCUGAAGUGCCUAGACCAGCCUCUCUGCUUCCACUUCCUCUCUGCCAGGCUGGGAACUCCCAGCUGCAGCGUGGACACCCCCAGGGCUGAGCUGCCUCUGGAGGACACCCCGUCCCCGCCCUCAGCCCCUCACGGUGCCCUGGGGAGCAGGAGCGGGGGAGGCAGCGGGUGGGGGGCUGGUGCUGCCUGCCUAAGGAGGGCUCUGCCUCCUUUGCAGUCUGAGUCCCAGGGUGGGCUCCAGGCCCCUGCCGCCCACACCCGGAGCCCAGGACCCCCACAGCUCCAGCAGGCGGUGGUGGGGGGGGCUGUGGGAUCAUUGUCCCCUCUCACAGCGCGCAGCUCUGGCUGGGGGUCUUAGCAGUAGGCAUCCCCCUCCCUCAGCCUCCUGUGCUGAGAGGCAGAUGGUGCCCUUAGGGAAUGUUUGCCCCCCCCACUGCUCUCUUACUGCCAUCUCUGGGGGGGAGGGGGUGUUUCCCCCUCUCGCUGUCUGUCCUACAAGGGUGUCCUUCCCUUUGAAGAGUAGAGCACCCCCUCCUGGCCCUUUCUCAGCCUCCUCACACCCUUUGGGGUGGGCCUCAGGGGAUGCGUCUUCCCCCAGUUCUGUCUCGGAGUGGGGGGGAAGGGGCAAACAUUCUCUCCCU